GUGACACAAGCCCAGAGGAGGUGGAGGGAAAUGCGGGUGAAUUGCAUUUUGAGGUCUGGGUUGCUGUUUGUCACUCUGUCUCUUGCCAUUGCCAAGCACAAGCAAUCUUCUUUCACCAAAAGUUGUUACCCAAGGGGAUCACUGUCCCAAGCCGUCGACACCCUCUAUAUCAAGGCAGCAUGGCUCAAAGCAACAAUUCCAGAAGACCGCAUUAAAAAUAUACGAUUAUUAAAAAAGAAAACAAAAAAGCUAUUUAUGAAAAACUGCAGAUUCCAAGAACAGCUUCUGUCCUUCUUCAUGGAAGAUGUUUUUGGUCAACUCCAAUUACAAGUUUACAAGGAAAUACACUUUGUGGAAGAUUUUCAUAGCCUUAGGCAGAAGCUGAGCCGCUGUAAUGUGUUCUCCAGCCUCCUGCAGUUGCGUCUUGCAGAUGGUGUAGAGGCAG